CCAUUCCAGCAGAGAUAUGAAGACUUCGGAACGUAUCACGAAACUGGCCAAAAGUAUGGAACCGCCCACAGAAGGAGGAGGCCUCUGGGCGAACAAGACUGCUCCUUGCAAAGAGGCGCGGAGGGUGUGGGCUGCUUAUUGUUAUCACCACGGAAGGGCGUUCAGCCCAAAGCACUUCAAAGAUUCCGCUGGCAAAUCUUUGAACGAUCCAGAAGCAAAGCUGACAGGCGUGGAGAGAGGCAGUCUGUUAAAAUCUGCGGGCUUCAAUAUAGACAAGGGCGGCGCUUCAGUCCAAGGUGAUAUUACUAGCAAAGUGUCACUAUCCACGCAUGGGCGCACCGUGAGAAC